AUGAUGGUUUAAACUUUUUGUGAGGAAUUAGAAAUUAUUGUAAAAAGAGAAUAAUCUAAGUAGCUAUUGAUCCUAAGGAUGUUAAUUCUUUAUAUGAGAAAGGUAGAUUAAAUCAUAAUUGUAUUAAUAGGUUAGUGUCUAAGAAAGUAAAAUAAAUAUGAGGAUGCAAUCACUUGGGUGGACAAAGCAUUAGCUAUUGAUCCUAAACAUGUCUAUUCCUUAAACGAGAAAGGUAGAUUGAAUCAUUAUUAUAUUUAUAGGUGAAUGUUUAAGAUUAUUGAAGGAAUAUAUUCAAUCUUUAUAACUGCUAGAUUAAGCACUUUGCAUCAACCCUCAGGAUACAUUUUCUCUCAACUGUAAAGGUAUUUAUUAUCCUAUUAUUGUAGGAGAUUGUUUAAGAGAUUAAUAGAAAUACAAAGAAGCACUGAUAUGUUAUGAAAAAUCAUUAAAGAUUGAUCCAAAUAAUCAAUAUUCAAAAAACUAAAAUGGUAUUCCUAACCUAUUAAACUAGAAUUCUGCAAAAAGAAAUUGAAUCAGUGA